AUGCUUCGCUCCGUGGGUUUGCUUGGUUGGGCCGUGCUGGCCGCGGCGUCCGAGAUGCGCAGCGACGAUUUCCCCAACUACGACCAGGGCACCAUCCCAGCCUGGAAGGACUUGGCCUCCUUGCGCGGCGCCCACCCGGAUGCCCAGGUCAUGAGCAAAGCGGAGUACCAUCGCCAGCUGAAGUCCCUGGACAUUCCGAGGCUCUAUCGAGAGAUCGCGGCGCUGAUGACAUCUUCGCGACCCUACUGGCCCGCCGACGGCCCGCAGGACGGCGACGUGCCCAGCUAUGCCGGGCUCUUCGCCCGCUUGGCCUGGCACUGCUCGGGAAGCUUCCGGCUGAUCAACGACACGCACGCCGCUGGGGGCUGCGAGGGUGCCCGGCAGCGGCACUGGCCGGAGAACGAGUGGCGUGACAACACCAACUUGGACAAGGCUCGGGGCCUCUUGGCGGAAGUGAAGCUCCAGUUUGCUGACGUGAGCUGGUCCGACCUCAUGACCUUCGCGGGGACGGCAGCGAUCAAGUUGAGCGGCGGCCCAGCCAAGAAGUUCUGCUUCGGGCGAAUGGACGAUGUGAACGGCGAUCGCUCCAUCCCACUGGGCGUAGAGGGUGUGACCCAGUGCCGUGGCAGCAAGUUCUGCAAGUCGGACGCCGAGUGCCCGAACGCCUUCCGGUGGCCAGAGCAGAACGACACAGACCAUGUUCGUUGCAACAUCGAGCAGCCCAAGCAUCGCCUCCAGGCCAGCCACUCCGUCGGCUUGAUCUAUGUUUACCCCGAGGGCCCCGAGCUCAAGAGCACGGCCGACGGCUACCAUUCUAACUUGGUACACAACCGCUCGCCGAAGCUCAGUGCCUUGGAGGUCCGAGACACCUUCCGUGAUCGGAUGGGCUGGACCGACCGCGAGACCGUGGCCCUCAUCGGCGGCGGUCACACCCUGGGCCGAACCCACGGCAACUGCCACUUAGAUUGCAACCUCACCGGCACCAAGUGGGCACAGGCUCCUUACAACAACGUGGGCCCCUACUUCGAGGCAGCGCCUCUCUGCGCUCGUGAGCAGGGUGCAGAGCUCACACGGGCCACGCCGGGCAGCCUGCGGGGGCCGACAGAUGGCACCUGCGGCACCGGUGCGGAGGCGGGCCGUGGCAAGAACACCGUGUCCUCGGGCUUUGAGGGCCCUUGGACGCGUAGCCCGUCCCGCUGGAACUAUGACUUCUUCGAAGCCCUGCUGUCGGAAGAGUGGGUCCCGGCGAAGAGCCCGCCGCCUGUCCGCAUCCGUUCAGAAAGCAUCGUGACCUCCUCGGGAGACUUUGCAAUCUGUGGCAAGCCUAGGUAUGGCGCUGACCAGUGGCACACCAGGAACGAAACCAGCAAGUUUGCUCGGACCAUGCGCCUGACUUCGGAUGUCUCGCUGGUUGCGGACAAAAUCUACCGCCCGAUCGUCGAGGAGUAUGCCGCCGACUAUGCCCAGUUCGAUGCGGACUUCGCCGAUGCUUGGUUCAAGCUGGUGCACCGUUCGGAGGACCAUCCCCACAAGGACGACCUUGAGAAGGAUGCCGGCGUUUGCACCAGCUUUGAGUUCGCGACUCUCCUGCCUUGA